AUGUCUUCCUCAACACCCGAGCUCCCCGCCAAUGUGCAUGUCUCCCAGCACCCCUGUCUCCGUGCGAAGCUGUCCCAAUUGCGGUCCCAGUCGACACCCGCGAAGGAGGUCAAGACGCUAGUGAAUGAUAUUGCGUUGAUGGUGGCAUACGAGGCCCUCGGUGCCUCCACAAAAGCGACAGAUGGAUCAAAGGAUUCUACCCCGCUAGGAUUCGACUUCACAUCAACCACAAUCUCCCCCUCCAGCCUCUGCCUCGUCCCCAUUCUGCGAUCAGGUCUCGGCAUGGUAGAAGCCGUCCAAACCAUCCUCCCCACGCCCGUAGCAGUCCACCACCUAGGUCUCUACCGCGAACCCUCGACCCUCGAGCCCGUAGAAUACUACAACAACCUCCCCAACCACAUCUCCCCCGACGGCUCCAACGCCGGUGCCUCCGAGCUCGCCAUCGUCCUCGACCCCGUCAUCGCCACAGGCGGAACCUGCGCCGCCGCUAUCCAGACUCUCCGCGAGUGGGGCGUCAAGCGCAUCGUCGUCCUCUCUGUCAUUGGCGCCGCCGCGGGCGUCAAGCGCGCUGCCGGCGAGUGGGCCGACGCGACGGAUAUCUACAUUGCUGGUGUGGACGCCGAGUUGACGGACAAGGGCAUGCUGAAGCCUGGUGUCGGUGAUGUUGGUGAUCGAUUGUUCCUUACUAUUGGAAAAUAA